CCGCGAUCCGGCGGGGCCAGGGCGGCCGGGCGGGGCCGAGGGGAGGCGGGCCGGGCCGGGCCGGGGCGGAGCGGCGGGGCCGACGCCGCUGUGGCCGAGCGGAGGGCGGCGGAGGCAGCGGCGCUCCAGCAGAGCGCUCGGGGCGCAGCGCCGGGCCGGGCCCGCCAUGCCGCCCGCCCGCAGGAGACUCUGCCUGGAUAUGAGGUACUGACGGGAAAAAGAGCAUCACGCUUGGCUGCUCACCUUACCCACUUCACUGUAAAUAAUGGAGACCAAGGAAGAGAAGAAGGAGCGGCGACAAGGCUAUUUUGCUCGUUUGAAAAAGAAAAGGCAAGUCAAACAAACCACCGAGACAGUCUCUGCCAAUUCCCCUGGAUCUCCUGUUUCCACAACACCUUCUGAGAAAGAUGAAGAAAGUAAAGUUAUUUUGGAGCAAAUCAGUUCCUCUGAAGACAACUGUAAAUUUCCUGGGGAAAGGGAAACUGCUCCAGACAAGGAAAAGAAAAAGAAAAAGUACAAUCAACUGAAAGACAUCAGACGCACAGAACUUAAAAGAUACUACAGUACCGAUGAUAAUCAAAACAAAAGCAAUGAAAAGAAAGAGAAGAAAAUGGUUUCUCAGAAGCCCCAUGGUACCAUAGAAUAUACAGCUGGAAAUCAGGACACCAUAAACAGCAUAGCAUUAAAAUUCAACGUCACCCCAAACAAGCUUGUGGAGCUCAAUAAGCUUUUCACACAGACAAUUGUGCCAGGCCAGAUUCUCUUUGUGCCAGAUACAAAUGCUGGGAGGUUGUCUUCCAGUCCUGGUGCUCCUGUUUCUCCUUCAUCAUCAGAUGCUGAAUAUGAUAAGCUCCCUGAUGCUGAUUUGGCAAGAAAGGCUUUCAAACCAGUGGAGAGAGUCCUGUCCUCUACUUCAGAAGAGGAUGAGCCUGUGGUUGUCAAGUUUUUAAAAAUGAAUUGUCGUUACUUCACAGAUGGUAAGGGUGUCGUUGGAGGAGUCAUGAUAGUAACUCCAAACAAUAUCAUGUUUGACCCUCAUAAGUCUGAUCCUCUGGUAAUUGAGAAUGGCUGUGAAGAAUAUGGACUCAUCUGCCCCAUGGAGGAGGUUGUCUCAAUAGCUCUCUACAAUGACAUCUCUCACAUGAAGAUUAAAGAUGCAUUGCCAUCUGACAUACCAAAGGAUCUUUGUCCUCUGUACAGGCCAGGAGAAUGGGAAGACCUGUCCUCUGAGAAAGAUAUCAAUCCUUUCAGCAAAUUCAAAUCCCUUAGCAAGGAAAAAAGGCUGCAGAAUGGGGAUGCAUCUGUUGCUCUGGGUGCCAAACAGAUAAAGCCUUCAGAUAAGGAAAAGUCUGCUGAUUUUGAAGUGCUUCAGUCAUCGGAGAGUACGGGCUCAAUCAAAUCAAAGUCUCUGGAGUUUCCCAACAACAUCACUGCCACUGAACAUUUGGAAAAAUUUGAUGCAGAUGCAUGUACCAAGGACCCUUCCAGGGAAAAAAAUGCUUCAAAUACCAAAACCAAAGAAAAAUCCCUUCUAAGAGAAGGAGAGAAUGAUAUCACGGAGCUGGAAAAGACAUCAUCUCAUAUGGAUAGAGGGCUGGACAGGAAAAUCUCAGUAAUGGAAGGCUUGCUGGCUGACCCCAGGGACUUGGGGAGAACUAAGCAGCAGGUAACCAAACCUACUACAGAAGUCCAGGAGCACUUGACAGUUGAUACCUUGGAAAAAAAGGACAGUGUUGAACCUAAAGCUGACUUAGACUUAGAGCUGUGUGAAAAGCAAGAUGUUAUUCCAGAAGUAAAAAAAUAUGUCAGUACCCCGACAGGUAAGGUGGAGACUGAAUUGGACACUAAGAAAGACCUAGAGAAAGAUAAACUUAUUGAAUUUUACCUCAAUAAAGACGGAGAUGGGUCUCAGUCAUCUGAAGACUUACACAAGGCUGAAAUCCAGAAGGGUGAAAACAAUAAAGCAAUUGGCAUAGACCUUACACUUAGCUGUUCAAAGUCCCAAGCUAAUGAAGUCCAUACAAUUAAAAGUAUGGAGCUUGAUUCCUGCUGUGUUGAAAGGAAAGCACCUUCACUAGAAAUCAGCUCAGCAGCAGCAGAGGAAAAGGAUCUGAAAGAGUCUGUGGACUCUUCAUUAGUACCAGCUGUAGACAAGACCUGUCAAGAAACACAGUUAGACAAUCAAUCAGAAAUCAGACUGUGGCUGCUGCAGAAAAUUCAAGUGCCAAUUGAAGAUAUGCUUCCUUCAAAAGAGGAGAAGAGCAAGACUCCUCCAAUGUUUCUGUGCAUUAAAGUAGGCAAGCCCAUGAGAAAGUCCUUUGUGUCUCAGAGCAUGACCAUGUCUCAACAGUACAGUAAAAAGAUAAAGCAACCAGAGUACUGGUUUGCUGUUCCUCGAGAAAGGGUGGAUCACUUGUACACAUUUUUUGUUCAGUGGUCACCAGAAAUAUAUGGGAAAGAUGCCAAAGAGCAAGGUUUUGUUGUGGUAGAAAAGGAGGAGCUUGAUAUGAUUGACAACUUCUUUAGUGAGCCCACUACUAAAAGCUGGGAGAUCAUUACUGUAGAAGAAGCUAAACGACGAAAAAGUGUUUGCAGUUACUAUGAAGAAGAAGAAGAAGAUGAUGAUGCUUUGCCUAUCCUAAAGCAUCACAGUGCUCUCCUGGAGAACAUGCAUAUAGAGCAGCUUGCCCGGUGCUUGCCCGCGCGGGUGCAGGGCUACCCGUGGCGCCUGGCAUACAGCACGCUGGAGCACGGGACCAGCCUGAAGACUCUGUACCGCAAAUCGGCUUCUCUCGACAGUCCAGUUCUCCUGGUCAUCAAGGAUAUGGACAACCAGAUAUUUGGAGCAUACGCUACACAUCCCUUCAGGUUUAGUGACCAUUACUAUGGCACUGGUGAAACAUUCCUCUACACAUUCAGUCCACAUUUCAAGGUAUUUAAAUGGAGUGGAGAAAACACCUACUUCAUUAAUGGAGACACUACCUCUCUGGAGCUUGGAGGUGGGGGUGGCCGGUUUGGUUUAUGGUUAGAUGCAGAUUUGUAUCAUGGGCGAAGCAACUCCUGCAGCACCUUCAAUAAUGACAUCUUAACUAAGAAAGAAGAUUUCAUAAUACAAGAUGUAGAAGUAUGGACAUUUGAGUGAAACACUGACUGCCUUAAGGACUGGAUCCAUUGGGCACUUAAAAGCUAUCCAGAAGGUGCAGGCUGCCUCACAACGUUACACGCUUUUUCCUCAAGUUUGUACCAGAGCAUGACUACGCAAAAAACCCAAACAGCCCAAGAAUAAAAGAAUUGGUUUUGAGAGGCAGUAAGAGACAGAACAGUAAGAGAUCACUCUGAAGUGUUUUUUACUUCCUCUUCAUCACUCUUCCAUUGAAGAUACAAUGCUUAUGAAAACGUUCAUGAUGUAUAAGUUGAAAACUUUUUAUGUAACUGUGAAAAAGAUCCUGUGGAAGAACUAUAACUGUCGAGUACAUUCCAUGUGUAUUGAUGUUCAACAUGCAAUUGCUGACCAAAAAUAAAAGGUUACUUUACCAAAAUCUACACCAUACUGUUUGCCAUGGAAAAGAAUCAGAAAUAGGUGUACACAGCACUUAAGGGAACAUGUUUUUAAAAUUAUUUAUUUUUACUGUAUAGUAGAUUUUUUUUUUGUAAAUGUAUUAGCUAUGAGUUUUUUGUUUAAUGUUUCAAAUCUCAUUUUGAUAACUGCUGUUGAGGUAGGUUUCUUAUGCAUUGGCAUUUAUUCUGAAUCAAUUUAUUUGAUUUCUGAAUUUUUGAUUUCUAAUUUUUAUAUUUUUAUUUUGUAAAUGAGAUUUGGUUUUCAUUAUACCCUAACUAGAGGGGUUUUUUUUCCUGGCAGAAACACUUGAGUGCAUAAUUCUGUUUCAUUUUCUUUUCCUGAAAUGAGGGAGAAGGUGGUUAGUUCUUCUUAACUCUGUUAUCACAUUCCUGUUAAUAGAUUACUAUUUUGGCAGUGUAUGGAGACACUGGGCAACUGCCCCCUGGUGUAGAGUUUACCAGUUCUGUUGCAGUCCACAUAAUUGGGGUAGCAUGCUCUGAGCACCUGCCCGAAUAUUAUUUGACUGUUUAUGAAGGACAUUUCUAUGAGAACUGGUUUUCUGUAUCACCACCAAUUUAUUCAAAAUAAGCCACCCAGUGUGCUUUUAUGAGCAUUUCCCUACAAAUUGAAGAACAUGUUAAGGAGAAAAUACAACUGAGAUUCAGAGAAGAAAGUUCUUUUCCUAACAGGGCCAGGUCAUGUUACUGUAAAACUUGUUUUCCUAAUAAUUACAUAUAUAAUUUCCUUUAAAAAAUACUUCAAGCAGCAGUCUGGUUUAGGAUUUGACAGGCAACUAAAUAUUCUUCUUUAUUUUUAAGAAAAUUAUCAGAUACUUCACCCUCCCCCCCUCCCAAAGUUGAAAAGACUCUAUAUUAGAAAAUUUGUAAAAUUUAUUUUACAAAUAAAAUAGUUACAAAAUUAUAAAAUGUUUGGUAAAUGGGGAGAGUGUGAGAGAGGACUGGCAAUCUUCAUUGUGUGGUAAGGAAUUCUGCUUUGCCAUUAAGCUGUGGUUUUGUUUACACAACCCAGGCCUAACUAAUAUUAGGAUGCUGUCCUGCCCUUAGACUUGAAUGUUUCAUUGUCCUGAUAAAGGCAGGUUUUAGAGACAGUAGUGUGCAUUAAAACAGUACAGUCUAAUGUUUGAAUAUCAUUGACUGAGUAAUACAACUCAGUUACUGCUCUUUUUGAAUAGAUUAAAUAAUUUAAGAAGAAAAACCCAAUUGCUUUCUUUCAAAAGCAUUUCUAAACCUUAAAUCCUGCACAGAAGUUUCACAGUCUGGAAAAACAAUGCUGUACACAGUAAGCCUGUAACAUGCUGCACAUGAGCUUGUCACACUUCCUUACUUUGUAGUCUACUACAGCCAUAAAUAAAGUUCUUAUUGGUAAUGCUUUAAAAUAUUUUGGAAGUUGUUAACAGGAUAAUGCUUUGAAGAUACCCAGAAUAUCAAACACUCUUUGCUCUUUUAAGUGGUGUCAGGAGACCACUUCAUAGUUAAAAAAACCCAACUAAACAAAUACCCAACAAAAAAAUCCCCACAACAAACCAAAUUAAACCAAGUUCAACAUUUUGCAUACAUUUCACUAUCGCUACCUACAACUUACUUCACUAUAUUAUCCUUGUCAAAGCAUAUCUAAACGCUGUGGUCUGUAUUCAAAACAGUGUUGUUCAAUCAAAAUUCUGUGACCCUUGAAACAAUGAAUAUUGAAUAUAUGUAAUGCAGUGCUAUCACAAUAUUUUCAAUAAAGGAAUUUAUGCAU